GAACGAACUAGUCUUUGCAAAAUCAGUUUGGUAAAAGAACUUUCUCACAGCAGUAGGUUGUCUUGAACAGGGAUGUCUGCUCCCAUUCUCUGAUUGGGAAAAUCCUCAGGACAGUCUGAUAGAGCUCCAGCAAAGGGGGGUUGUUCUACCAAGCUUUGAGCUUGUGUUGUUUUGCAGCUGAAUGGUUUUGUGUCCUAGAUUGUCAGACACAUCAGUUGGUUCUACCGUUUUAUGUUAUUUUUAAUGUUAAUUGCUGUUAUGGGAAUUUUUCUGCCUGAGUUUUUUUUUGUAUUUGGGAAUUAUCUCUGGGCCAGUUGAAAUUGUCUUGCGGUCCCCUGAUGUAUAUAAUAUAGUUUACUCAUUUUUUUUUUAAGCGAUCAUAAAUCUUUUUAAGAAGCGACUACUUGAAAAGCAGCCAGCACCCCUCCCGUCUCCACCCCGGCUUGAAGUAACCCUCUCCAGCCGUGGCGGGGCGUAUCUGUGCGAGCGGACUCGUCAGUUCGAUGCCGCUGCCACUGCUGCUGAUGCCGCUGUCUCCUUCUCCAGUGGAUGCAGGUGGGGAUGCGUCAAAGCGCCCAGAAACACGCAGGGACAUCCACCAGGAACAAGGCGACGGAUCCUCCGCAAUAAAAGCACCGGCGAUACAUAUCAACUGAGGAGCUUUAAUUUGAAAAGGAAGAAUCUGGAAGUUGCAUUUUUCUGCCUUCGUGUCCGAUGACAGCCGGGAUGCAGGUGGAGCGACUCAGCCAGGAACGUUCACAUCUGUCUUAAAGGAGAGAGGGGGGUAAAGAAAACCCGCUUUCUGGUCUGCUCAACGCUCUGGAUAAAAUAAAAAAAUGUUAAAAAAAAACUGAAGCGCAAACUGCACCCAGGCUAUAUGCGGGGAUUUUUACAAACCUCCUCAAGUCUGGAGAAUAAUAUCGGAGGGAUUGCUGCAAAACAAAUCCCCACCUGCGACCAUAAUGAUGGGACCAAAACCUGCUUAAACCUUCGUGGUCUAAAAGUUUCAGGACAGGAAUGGGUCUACGCUGAAACCAUGAGCACAUCAUUUGCUCUAUCAAACUCCAGCAAGCUCUAAUACCCGUCUACUCUACUACUCCCUCUCUUUAGCUCAUUUUCUUCUGGUGCACUUUGCUUGAGGAAACAUCACAAUCGGAUAACUGUUCCCCCAAGCAUUUGGUAGCAGCUCACAUUUCCUGUAAAUUGCAUUACAAUCUGGGUUCUAGAGACAAAGAUUCCAAGAUAGACCAAGAGGCUUUUGAAGAAACUACUGUUUUGCAAUUAUCAUAUUCUCCCACUAUUUCACUCUCUCACUAUUGCUCAUUCCUUUCCUUCAAGUCCCAGAGGCACCUGAUGGAGAGACGGAGAGAGUCAGGAUAAGUACGAGAAUUUGAACAUCAGAGAGGAAAGGAAAUAACUGCUGAUUCGUCAGGAAAAUUGUAGUAGGGCCCCUGUGAGGAAUACUUUACCCACUGAGCUUCAUAUCCCAGUUGUUCAUUGUUAUAUAAUAAUUGUUUACACUUGAAAUCUGUUAGCUACAGUGAAGCUACGCUCUGUGGUUCAUAAGAACUGUAAGGCAUAAAGUAGAGAAGAGGAAAACCUGGGAACUUUGAGUAUGACAAGGGGGUUAAGAUUCCUGUGUUGGCCCCUGUGGCCUCUGGCCCUCCUCAGCCUGCUCAGUAGAGUGAAGACGUUGGAAUUUGGUGGAGCGCCUGGCCAGUGGGCACGCUAUGGGCGCUGGGAAGCUGGAUCAGUGGGCGAGCUGAGCUUCAGUCUCAAGACCAACAUUAGCAAAGCCUUGGUACUCUACCUGGACGAUGGCGGCAACUGUGACUUCUUAGAGCUGUUGAUUGCUGGUGGGCGCCUCCAGAUGCGCUUUGCCAUCCACUGUGCCGAGCCUGCCACUUUGCACAUGGAGACCCGGGUGAAUGACGACCGCUGGCACAUGGUCUUGCUCACCCGCAACUUCCGUGAGACCCUCCUGAUGGUGGACGGAGAGACGAAAGUGGCUGAGGUGAAAUCCAAAAGGAAGGAGAUGGCGGUGGUCAGUGACCUGUUUGUGGGCGGAAUCCCACCUGAUGUGCGCCUCUCCGCGCUGACGUCCAGCACAGUAAAGUACGAGCCACCCUUCCAGGGCUUGAUCUCCAAUCUCAAGGUGGGGGAGAUGCCUCCCACUUUGUUAAAUAGCCAGGGCAUUCAGAGCGACCUGGAGUACCUCUGCACAAAACAGAACCCGUGUUUCAACGGAGGGUUUUGCUCUAUUCAGUAUGGAGAAGUUCACUGUGACUGCACCCACACCCGCUUCAAGGGGAAGUACUGCAAGGAAGCUGAAGAGUAUGCUGUUGAAGGUCUGGCGCACCUGACGUUAAACGACCAAGGUGACUCAUCUCAAGUCGGUAAGGAAGAGUCGGUGGCCACCUUCAAGGGCAAUGAGUUCUUCUGCUAUGACCUGUCGCUGACGCCCAUCCAGAGCAGCACUGACGAGAUCACGCUCUCCUUCCGCACGCUGCAACGCAACGGCCUGAUGCUGCACACCGGGAAGUCGGCUGACUACGUCAACCUGUCCCUGAAGAGUGGAGCGGUUUGGCUGGUUAUCAACCUGGGCUCGGGGGCCUUUGAAGCCCUGGUGGAGCCCGUCAACGGCAAGUUCAACGACAAUGCCUGGCAUGAUGUGCGCGUCACCCGCAACCUGCGCCAGCACGCAGGCAUUGGACACGCUAUGGUGACCAUCUCAGUGGAUGGUAUAUUGACCACCACUGGUUACACCCAGGAGGAUUACACCAUGCUGGGCUCUGAUGACUUCUUCUACAUUGGAGGGAGCCCCAACACCGCCGAUCUGCCGGGAUCGCCAGUCAGCAACAACUUCAUGGGCUGCCUUAAAGAUGUGGUGUACAAGAACAAUGACUUUAAGCUGGAGCUGUCGCGGCUGGCCAUCGAACGUGACCCUAAAAUCACCCUUAACGGUGACCUGGUGUUCCGCUGUGAGGACGUGGCGGCCCUAGACCCCGUCACCUUCGAGACCCCAGAGUCCUUCAUCUCCUUGCCCAAGUGGAACACCAAGAAGACGGGCUCCAUCUCUUUUGACUUCCGCACUACGGAGCCCAGCGGCCUCUUGCUUUUUAGCCACGGCCGUCCUCAGAGUCCCAAAGAGCAGAAGCCCAGUAGGGAGCUGAAGACUGAUUACUUUGCCAUGGAGCUGCUCGAUGGGUAUAUGUACCUGCUGAUCGAUAUGGGCUCUGGAAAAACGAAGUUGAAGGCCAGCAACAAGAAGGUCAAUGAUGGUGAAUGGUGCCAUGUGGAUUUCCAGAGGGAAGGGAGGAAAGGAUCUAUCUCAGUGAACAGCCGCAGCAUGCCCUUCAGCUCCCCAGAGGGCAGUGAAAUCCUGGACCUGGACAGUGACAUGUACCUGGGUGGGCUGCCGGAGUCUAAGUCAGACCUCAUCCUGCCGCCCGAGGUUUGGACAGCGCUACUCAACUACGGCUACGUAGGCUGUGUACGGGACCUCUUCAUCGACGGAAAGAGCCGCGACGUCCGCCGCCUGGCUGAGAUCCAGAGUGCGCUGGGUGUCAGCAGUUUCUGCACCCGUGAGCUUCAGAAGCGCUGCAGCAGUACCCCGUGUGGCAAUGGAGGUCUGUGCAAAGAGGGCUGGAACCGCUACAUUUGUGAUUGUACCGGCACCGGAUACCUUGGUUCCAACUGUGAGAUAGAGGCGACAGUCCUGAGUUAUGAUGGCAGCAUGUACCUGAAGAUCAUCAUGCCGGUCACGAUGCACACAGAGGCCGAGGACGUGGCGAUGCGCUUCAUGUCACAGCGGGCGUAUGGCCUGCUUAUGGCCACCACCUCCAAGGAGUCAGCGGACACCCUGCGACUGGAGCUGGACGGGGGCCGAGUAAAGCUCACUGUGAACCUCGAUUGUAUCAGGAUAGACUGUAGCCUCAGUAAAGGACCUGAGAUACUAUUCGCGGGGCAAAAGCUGAAUGACAACGAGUGGCACGCGGUGAAGGUGGUGCGAAGAGGCAAGAGCCUGCAGCUGUCUGUGGAUAACGUCACAGUGGAAGGCCAGAUGACUGGUGCCCACACACGUCUCGAGUUCCACAACAUUGAGACAGGCAUCAUGACAGAGCGCCGCUUCAUAUCUGUGGUGCCCUCAAACUUCAUUGGCCAUCUCCAGGGCCUGACCUUCAAUGGGUUGCCAUAUCUAGACCAGUGUAAAAAUGGGGACAUCUCCUAUUGCGAGCUGAAUGCCCGCUUUGGCAUGCGCCACAUCAUUGCAGAUCCGGUGACGUUUCGAACGAAAGGCAGCUACUUAGCAUUAGCUACGUUACAAGCUUAUGCCUCCAUGCACCUCUUCUUUCAAUUCAAAACCACCACGUCAGACGGCCUGAUGCUUUUCAACUCUGGAGACGGCAGCGACUUCAUUGUUGUGGAACUGGUGAAGGGGUAUGUCCACUACGUCUUUGACCUUGGCAAUGGGCCGUCGCUGAUGAAGGGUAACUCUGACAAGCCACUCAAUGACAACCAGUGGCACAACGUGGUUGUGUCCCGGGACGCCAACAAUGUGCAUACACUGAAGAUCGACUCACGCACCGUUACUCAGCACUCCAAUGGAGCCCGCAACCUGGACCUCAAAGGGGAGCUGUACAUCGGUGGCGUGACAAAGAACAUGUACAGCAAUCUGCCCAAGCUGAUUGCGUCCCGGGACGGGUACCAGGGUUGUCUGGCCUCCGUUGACUUGAAUGGGAGACUCCCCGACCUGAUCGCAGAUGCUCUCCACAGGGUGGGUCAGGUGGAACGAGGCUGCGAUGGACCCAGUACCACCUGUACGGAGGAGUCAUGCUACCAUCAGGGGGUGUGUCUCCAGCAGUGGGAGGGCUUCACCUGCGAUUGCACCAUGACGUCCUAUGGUGGCUCAUUUUGCAAUGACCCUGGGACAACUUACAUCUUCGGGCGAGGCGGAGCCCUCAUCACAUACACCUGGCCACCCAAUGACCGGCCGAGCACACGUGCAGACCGGCUGGCAGUGGGCUUCAGCACGCAGUUGAAGGAGGCCAUUCUGGUCAGGGUUGAGAGCGCCAAGGGACUGGGAGAUUACCUGGAGCUCCACAUAGAAAGGGGAAAGAUCGGUGUGAUCUUCAAUGUGGGAACGGACGACAUAAUCAUCGAGGAGAGCGCGGUGAUGGUGAGCGACGGCAAAUACCACGUGGUGCGAUUCACACGCAGUGGUGGCAAUGCCACACUACAGGUGGACAACCAGCCUGUCAUCGAACGUUUCCCCUCAGGGAACUUUGAUAAUGAGCGCCUGGCUAUUGCUAGACAAAGAAUCCCAUACCGACUCGGUCGGGUAGUUGACGAGUGGCUACUCGACAAAGGUCGCCAGCUGACAAUCUUCAACAGCCAAGCGUUCAUUAAAAUUGGUGGGGGUGGAGAGACGGGGCGCCACUUCCAGGGCCAGAUCUCAGGUCUGUACUACAACGGCCUGCAGGUGCUCAAACUGGCAGCCGAGGGCGACCCCAAUGUCCAGACCCAGGGUAACCUGCGGCUGGUGGGUGACGUGCCCUCGGUGCUCACCACUGACACCACCUCCACCACGCCACUGGCAGACAUGUCCACCACAAUCAUGGAAACAACGACCACAAUGGCCACAACCACCACCCGCAAACAGCGCUCACCUACCAUGAGGGACAGUGUGACACAGAAUGCGGAUGACAUUUUGGUAGCAUCGGCUGAGUGUCCUAGCGAUGACGAAGAUUUGGAGGAGUGUGAGCCUGGAAAUGGAGGUGAAUUAGUGUUGCCAAUAAUAACGGUGGACUCCCUAGACCCCCCAUCCAUCGCCACCCGCUACCCUGUAAUCCCCCCGCCCCCCACCACCUAUCGCCCUUUCCUCACCCUGCUCGAAACCACUAAAGAGUCCCUCCCAUUGCCCAACGGCCGGCUCCCAUGCCCCCUGGACCAGGAGGACUGCGAGGAGACCAUUGAAGUGUCGGCAUACGGUUCGGGGGAGAUGACAGAGUCAGAUGACGAGGACUAUUACAAAAACUCACCCCUGGUCACCGACAGGACUGUCCUCCCUCCUCCCCCAUCCGUAGAAGGCGGCGUCCAGAAUCCCCGAGACCGCCAUUUCUCCCGCUUUCCCAACUCCCACCGCCCACCUUUCUCCUCCACCCCUACGGCCAACCCCGACCAGCUCAGCCCGCGCAUCAAGUCGGGCACUGGCGGCAGCAGUAGUAGCAACAACAACAUCCCCGCUGGGAAAAUGAACACCCGGGACCAGGUGCUGCUGCCGCCAGCCCACCCCUCGUCAGACCCAGCUCACCGUAGAGUCCCAGGAAUAACCUACCCCCCAAAUUUCCCCCAUGUUCCCACUCCAGAUCCAACAUCUCCUGAGCGAGGGCUCCCAGGCGCUGUGGAGGUGCAGCAGUCCAGCAGCACCACAGGAAUGGUCGUGGGCAUCGUGGCAGCCGCCGCACUCUGCAUCCUCAUCUUGCUCUACGCCAUGUACAAGUACCGGAACCGCGACGAGGGCUCCUACCAGGUGGACCAAAGUCGUAACUACAUCAGCAACUCAGCCACGCAGAGCAACGGAGCCCUAGUGAAGGAGAAACAGCCCAGCACUGCCAAGACAGUCACCAAGAACAAGAAGAACAAAGACAAAGAGUACUACGUCUGAGUGAGCGCCGCCCUGACACACAGAGACGGACAGCAGACGCACUUAGAGAAGGAAAGAGACAAGAGAGAAAGAGAGAGAGGGAGGGAGAAGGGCAGUAUGUAGAAAGGAGAACACAAGAGAUGGUAAUUCAUUGUAAACUCAGUAUUGUCAGAUGACCCUAAAUGGUACCAAUUCCAGUCUAAUCAGAGGGAGGCGGCAACAAAAAAAAGCCAAGGUGACAUCAUGGUUGUGUUCACAACUUUGUUCUGAUUGAUUUGACUGCUUAUUACAUGAUGGUGAUUUUGCAGAAUGCCAUCACACCUCAGAUCUCAACGCAUACUGUGCCAACACCCGUGUACCAAAUGAUUAAUCGAUUAGUAUACAACAGGUUAUUUAAUAUCUUGAGUACUGUAGUAAAGUACCACCAUCAGUAUUUGUGUCAGGGUCUAUACUUUAUUCUGAGGCCCACUUGUGGUGUAAGCCGUCACCUUAAACAGUAUCAACAUAAUAUUUUCAAACUAGGCUUGAGUUAGCAAAAUGACAUCCCUCUUUGAAAUCAAAAUACUGCCAGCUUACAGAAACACUGUCAAACAGAUCUCUCUCCCUCUCUUCCUCUCAUUCUCUCCUUGUCUAUGGCGUUUAUGCAGCGAAUGCAACGUAAACUCUGCUGUGUUUCAAGCAUGUAGUAUUAAUUUACGAAUAAGAGAUAAAAACAGUUUUUCUUUCUGUGGACUUAAAAAAAAAAUAACGAUGAUUGAUGAUCAUAACAACAAAGUUAAACGUAGCAACUGUGUGAGAUACCACCACUCCGACCUAAUGGAUGCUAACUUGUACGUUUAGCUGCCAAAAACUUGUUGAGGCCAAAAUCCCUUGGUCGUCCUUCGUUCCAGCAGAUCUGUAUCAUGUGUUUCUGGGGCUUCAAGGUUACUCCUAGUGGGCCAGCAGAGAAACUAUCAUGUCCUUACAGUUACUAAUCACCGAAAAACAGAAAAAACCUCCAGUAAACAAGAUGAACUCUGUUCUAUAUAAUUAUAAAUACAUGUAUAGACGUUGCAGAAACCUAUGGACAUAAAUCAUGAGCAAGUGGAAAAGUGAGAGUUCUCUGAUAAUGUGCAGCAAAGAUGGACUCUAGGAUUUUUGACGUCAGAACCCCUACUUCCCCCUGAUCUCACCCUUUCAUGGACAGGAUGGCUGAUGCUAUGCCUUGCUGCAAGACUCAGUCACUUUGGUUUGUUCUGUUCUUUUUUUUCUCUCUGGAGAAAUGAGAGACAUUUUAGGGAAAGUCUUGAGUUUAUUCUUGCUGGAGUUCUACUGUGGAGAGAGAAAUCUUGCAGCUGAAAAAGCAACUGUGUCUUUCGCCCUCUCUGGCCUGACUGGACUGAUGGCAGCCAAAGGGCAAUGCAAACUUUGUGGGAAGAGCACACAAAUAAAAGGGUGAACGACAGUUCCCUGGAAAAUGUACAACCGAACUCUAGUAUUCCAAUUUUCUCAACUCUAUUAAAAAAAGAAAACUGUACCAUGAAAAGAAAAAAAUCCAGAAAAAAGUUUGUGAAAUGUCUAAAUAUUUGAGUCUCAUUCCAUUACUAAGAGAAAUGUGUUUCCCUACUAUCAUUCCUGUUUGGAGAAAAAAAAUGUCUAUGAUUCUGGGAAACAGAAAUUUCUAUGUAUUUUCUUUUGGCAAUUAUUUUAGUAAUUGAGCAUAUUAACCACACAUUCUCCUUUUAAUUCAUCUGUCAUCCUCAAUCUAUUUUUUAUCUUGCAUCUUACCUCUUUCUCUGUAUGACAGAUUGUAUGUCCUCAUAACCUGUGGAAAAAGUAGGCUUCAACCAUCCUCCAUCUUUUUUUGACAUCUAUUUCUGUCCAAAUGAUAGGAGACAAGAUGGCAGCCAUUUAAUUUGACAGGCUCCAUCGAUUCACCGUCCUGCCAUGUUUGUCGGGUUUCUCUCCUCCAUUCCAAGCAUACUCCUCCCAGUAUCUUCCUGUUCUUUCUAAAUGUUAAUGUAAAGUGUUCCAGUGAGAUGACUCUAAAUAUGUGUACAUUAACAGAGGGAAUACACUUGGUUAUAUACUUCUUA